GCCGUGGUUUACUUUUCUGACAAAAAUUUCAGAAAAUUAGAUUUAUUUCUUUGUUCUUCUCGAUCUAACCUCGGUUCUAUUAGAUUGCAUGUAACUGCGAUCUCCUGAGUUAACGCAACAAUGGUUAAGAAAAAGAGACAGAGCGACCCCGGGGAGAACGGAGACGAGUCGACGGAGUCCUGCGACGAAAACGUCAAGUCCGCAUGUCCUCACGUCGCCAAGGCGAUCGACCUCACCCGCCUGAAGAAGACGUUGAAGACCGGGGGGUUCGAGAAGGAAUGUGCGGAGUGCAAGAAGUCCGCCAAAAACGAAGUGUCUGACCCAGAUUUUGAAGAAGACCUGAGUUUGUGGAUGUGCCUGCGAUGUGGCUCGCAGCUGUGCGGCCGCGCGCGGAACAAACACGCCCUGAAUCACUUUAACACUCCCCACUCCGACUGCCAUGCCCUCACAGCCAACACCACCUCCUGGGAAAUAUACUGCUACAACUGCAAUAACGAAGUCACAGCGUCCAGUUCCAAAAAGCUCCAUGAGUGCAUUGAAUACCUUAAAAAGCAGGCCGCAGCAAUGGCAGGCGGCAACCUGAAAUCCCUCCCUCCUAUCGAGCUGUAUUAUGAAAACAAACCUAAAGUUGACCUUGUGUUACCAGUAGAAAACUUAACAAAGACAGAUAAGGGGAAAGAUAAAGCAAUAGCAUUGAACUUGCCAAGAGUGAGAGGAUUAUCCAAUUUAGGAAACACAUGCUUUUUCAAUUCGGUAAUGCAAUGUUUAGCGCAGACCCCUUAUUUAGUGCAAGUCCUGCAAGAAAUGGCCAACCCUGGAGAGAGGUUUACGUUGCCAGGCGGGAAGUUAAAGAUGAAGGUUGACGCAGAGGAAAGCAAGGAUGUGGACCUGCCUCCCAUUACCGGACAAUUGGCUGAGUGGGGAACGCUAACCAGGACCUUGGCUGAGACAUUGAUAGAUUUACAAUCAGGCGAGAGUGGAGUAUACACGCCGCGCAAACUGCUCAUGUUCCUAGUGAACAAACUGCCUCAGUUCGGCGGCGGCGACCAACACGACGCCCACGAGCUACUACGACAUCUACUUGAGGCUGUCAGGUCGGAAGACCUCCGGCGCUACCAAUCGGUGAUCCUCAGCAGCCUGGGCAUGAGCUCGAAGGUGGACCCGGCCAAGGUGGACGGGGAAGUCAAGCAGAAGGUCAAGUUCUACGGGCAGCAGGCGUCUGACACCAUGCUUAGGCCAGAACAGGUAUUCCGAGGCUUUCUGGUUUCCACGCUGGAGUGCCAGGACUGCUUCCACCAGUCGGACCGUGCGGAGUACUUCCUGGACCUGUCGCUGCCUGUCGCCGCCAGCCGCCCGCAGCCUCCUGCUGUGGUGCGCAGGAAAACUCCCAACGAGGAUAAUGUGUCCAAUGCCCCAGAGGAGAACAAACCCUCCAAGCACCAGAUUAAGAAAGAGCGCAACGCUGCUAGGAAGGCGGCGCGGAAGAACCAUGGUAACUCCACGUCGAAAGAUGACAAGUCCACCGCCGAGGCCAACGGCGGCUCCAAAGAAGACGGUAAGUCGUCCUCAGAGUCCGACGCCGACGUCGAAGACAAUAUCGAGGAAGCUCCUCGCACCACCGCCGCCCAGCAGCAUACCGCAGCAAACUUCGCCGCCUACCUUGAAUCAGGAUACAGCUCCGACAAGCUCAUCAGCUCAGACUCUAUACGCACCAGCCCUGUCGACCUUCACAAGGAAAAGACCGACAACACCCCGGAAAACGCCGACAAAGACAAAGUCGAGUUCGCCGACUCCGCAACCUCGACCACCGCUAUACCUCUAGAAUACAAACCCCUGAUUUCCCUCGAGAAUCUCUCAAAUCCGGACUCAGGAGUCGCCAGCCCCGAAGCCACGAAACACAAUUCUACGGAAACCGUCGAUAAUGUUGACUCCCCGAUCAUUGAUAAGGAACUCGGUAGCCACAGCUCACUUUCAAGCGAGAUCAACCUGGAUUUAUCGAGUCCGCAGCACAGCAAGAUGUCCCCGGAAAAGUCCGAUCUCGACGACAAGAGGCCGCCGUCUAGAAGAGACUUCGCCCCCGAGUACUCCAAUGAAGUCAUCUCGCGCGGCAUAAGCGCGCAGGGCUGCAAGAAUAUCCUUGAAAACGGAACAGAAAGCAGCACUGAACAGCCGGAGAAGAAAGAUCUCCUUGAUUACUACUGCCAGGAGCUCAAACUCGCGAUGGACGACGUCAAAGUCAAGAAACCCACCCUCCCCUCGCCUGUAGCGGUGGAAUCCCCGCCCGAGCCACCUCCGAUUCCUCGACCGAAAGUCAACAAUAUCGAACCGGAAAAGUCGAAUCUUCAGAGAGAUUUCUUGCCCUACUCGAGACAGAGCCCCUCCUCGCCUAGAUACGUCUGCGACGAAGACGAGUGCAGCAUUCAAUCCUGCCUCAGCCAGUUCACGGCUCUAGAACUUCUCACGGGCAACAACAAAGUGGGCUGCGAAACGUGCACGGAACGCAUCAACGGCAAGGGAGGCAAAACUGUGUACACCAACGCGACCAAACGAUUCCUGGUUUCGAGUCCGCCCGCGAUCCUGAUUCUGCAUCUGAAGCGAUUCCAGAUCGGCCCCCGAUGCAUGUUCAGAAAGAUGUCGAAGCACGUGGAUUUUCCGACUAUUUUAGACUUGGCUCCGUUCUGCGCGAUGGAUAAGCUGAAGAAGCUUCCUAAUGUGGCGCGAGGACAAUCCGAGUUGCUCUACUCUCUAUACGGAGUGGUGGAGCAUUCCGGCGGUAUGCACGGGGGUCACUACGUGGCGUAUGUCAAAGUGCGACAGCCGGUCAAAGCUGGGGACCCGAGGUGGUGGUUCCUGCCCAAGAGCGCUAAUACAAUGCCGGCGCCGCCGGGUAGCGGAGACGGCGACGCCGACUCCGAGUCCGAUCUCUCCGGCUACGAAUCCGGCGAGGGUCCCACGUCGAGCGCGGAGGCCCCGCCGGGCAAAUGGUACUACGUAUCCGACAGUAUGGUAUCCGAGGUCACGGAGGAAAAGGUCCUGAGGGCGCAGGCCUACCUCCUGUUCUACGAGAGGAUCUUAUAAGCUCCCGAACCCUUUUUCACCUGGAGAUGGCCUAAGUUUUGUUUCGGAGUGGCAUUUAAGUGGAAGACUGAUGCGUAGACAGAUAGAACCCUGCAUGACGUCAUACGUUACUGAGUGCUGUAAAUAGCUAACACUUGCUUCUUCUUUAGUUAAAUGUUUUCUGUGACCGUACGUGAUUUCUGUACGCGGAGUUGAGGAGUGGUCCUACAGAAAUGUUACUCUCCUGUAGAAAAUUAACGCGUACAGAUGACAGUAUAGCCCAAACUAACUAAUAAAUGUAUUAUUCGAUGAUUGACGCAAUGUUUUAAGGAUCUUAUUUAUUCUGCUAUGUAUUUCUUCUUACGGACACGUUGAAUAAAGCUCAGUGGCAACGAAUAACCUUGUUUCUGCCAAAAAAUUUACAGAGAUAGAACAAUAGAUGAAAUAAUUAUGAGAGAAACGAUUUUUUUAAAUACUUUUGAAGGUUCUUUUUGAAUAAAAAAGAGGCUUGAGAAAAGGAAUUGAAUCAGUGCAUUUACGAUGUUAUUCGUCGAACUGACACUCGUUUAUAUUACGCAGUAGGAGUUCGCAACGGUUUAGCGUUUAGAUUUGUGCAAACAAAUAUUUUGGAACUAAGAGUUGCUUCAUCUCGUAAGAUUAAAUGUAACGCGGUGCGAGUGGAUGAGUUAAUUUUUAAUGUCGUAUUUAUUGUUUUGUUUGUAUUGGAAUUUAUUUUGUUAGGGUUGUCAACUAUUCGAAUCCUUAGAUUCGCUUUAUCCAUGAAAUUAAAUUUUCUUGGGCAUUUGCUAAAACCUAAAAAAGAGUGGGAAAAGUGAUGUACCUGGCCAAUCGUAACAUUUGGGCAAUCGAUAGAUAACAACCCUGACAUCAUGGGUUUGGUCUUCCAUUGAGGUGUCAACUUGUCGCUGCUAGAUAAGCAACCCGUGAGUUACGUAAACAAACUGUCACAAAACUACCGCAUGUAUGUAUUUACAGUUGAACUGAUGAUGUAGAUUUAAUGAACGAAAUGCUGGCUGGAUUAAAAUUUUAUACGACGUAAUUUUUUUAAUAGAUUCAAUAGCACAAUCUCCUUCUCAACACGACAAAUAAAAAGAGAAAAUUAAUUAGAUAGUGGCGAUUAUAAUUGCUUUUAAAAAUCAUCUCCACCUACUUCGCAUUUUAUUAAUUGAAUUUAUACAAU